CAAAACAGUUUCAAUUGUUGGGAAAUUUCCUUUUUACGCGGCGAAGGGAGCGCUGGCCGUACGGUAACCGUUCUGCUGUGUGUGUAAAAAUCUUGAAUGAAUGUGCCGUUUACUACUGGAACGUAGCACUUUCCCCCUUUUAACUUAAGAUCCUACUGCAAUGUUAUUCAUCUUCACUUUCACACCCAUUUAUUUACUUUUUAUCGGUAUAUAUUUCCAAUGACGGUAUCGUCCAGAAGCGUCUCAACCGCAACGCUGCCCACACACUGAACGGCUCGCUCGAGGCCGGGCGGAAAUGACGUGUGGAUACCGCACGCACCUGCAUUCCACCGGCAGCUAUCUCAAUUUUGACAUAACUAAGUAUAUCUUGAAAUUAUUCCACCCAAAGCCAAACCCCACCCCCAUGAUUUUAAACGCUGGUCAAAGCCUAAUGCCAUGUCGCACACAGGCCCAUUCGUGCCGCCCUCGGAGUGGAGCGAGAGCUCCUCCAUUUCGCGCCUCGCGCCGCUGCUGCUCCUGCUCGUGCCCUCCGUGUUGCUCCUAUUGCUGCUCAACUGCGUCUUUCUAGGCUACAAAUUGCUGCUUUCGGCCAAGAGGCGCCGGCGGCGGCGACGACGACGGCGGCUGGACUCGGAGAGCACGCUGUCCAGGAUGGCGGAGACGACGUCCUCCACCAUCGUCAACGGCGACGGGGAGAGGGGAUUCGACCCCAUUAAUCCGGCGCAGUCGGUAUCUUCGUGCCUCACCUCGUCCAAGGAGAGCGCGGCCGCGCCUCAGACAGUCAGCAACACUAUGCCCGACCGCGCCACAGGGACAGGGACGGGUUCGGGCUCCGUGAGGGCCCUGAGCACCGUCAUGGCCGCGCUGUCAACGACGGAGUCGACGGCCAGAGCCGAGCUGCCGCCGCGCGUGGACUGGCGGAGGGGAGAGCCGCUCGUCCCGCCUCCCUGCAGCGACUCGGACACGGAGAGGGGGAACCCGGUGCCGCCCAACUCCCCCGAGCUGCACGGAGCCGCGUCCACGUGCAGAGAGCCCUGUUACACGUGUACUUCUCGCGAACGGAACGUGGCUGCGAACUGUGAAAGCCAGAGGACGGCGGGGAGCGCGAGGCCCCUGCGGCGGAGCAGCACCGUGGACAUGAAGGAGGAGCUGGUUCAUCUCGGGGCUACCAGUCCCCGGGAUUUGAGGUUCCAGUGUGGAUACACAAGCAGCAUUCCUGCAGAGAACUCCGUCUUCGUUACCUCGGCCAGCUCCUCCACCGGGGGGCCGGGGUUGGACAGCGACUUUGGGGCGAGCGCAGGAGUUUCCCUUCGAAUCCUGUCCUGCGACGGCGAGGGCCUCUCCGAAGCCAUCCCGGCCUCGGGUUUGGAGUGGGAUUAUUAUGAUCCGUGUUAUGUGAGCCAGAACCACGUUCCAAGACACAUGUUUCACAUGCCCACAGUCACGGCAAAGCAGUACUGGGUCUGAACCUCAGUGCCCCCCAUUAGGAGUCACUUGUGAAAAGAAUGAGACUUUGUCCAUGCUUGAUGAUGUUGGAUGUUUC